AUGGCGAGCCGCAAGCGCGCGCGGCCGUCGUCGUCGUCGCUGCCGCUCGAGACCCCCGGGGUGAGGCACGCGUGGUGGGGACGCGACCGCGACCGCGUCGUCGACGACGACGGCGGCGGCGGCGGCGCGGACGACGCGGCGCGCGCGAUCCUCGACCCGCUGCCGCUGCCGUUCAGCGCCGCGCGGACGAUGGGCGGGAAGCUCGCGUCGAACGCGCGCGCGCGAUGCAAGCUGUGCGACGGCGAGCAGAGCCGCGACGACAUGGCGCUGCUGAGCGGGUGCAACCACGCGCUGUGCGUGGACUGCGUCGAGGGGUGGGCGACGCGACGCGCGAGGAACUGCCCGAUCUGUAAGGUGGCGUUCGACGGGUGGUACCACGGCGGGGACGGCGGGGACGGGGCCCGCGGGGAAGACGGCGGGGACGGGGAAAACGGGGAAAACGGCGGGAAAGCGCGCGAGCGCAGGUUCCACAAGCUCCCGCCGCUCCCGGAGGGCGGCGUCGUCGCGAGGACGCCCGCGAGGUCGUCGCGCGCGCUGACGUUCGACCUCGCCGACGCGAAGAAGCCGCGGCGGCGCGGCGCGUUGUUCUCUUCGGAGCCCGAGCCGGAGACGGAGACGGAGGGGACCGAGGACGGCGAGGACGACGACGAGAUGCGCGAGGCGCUCAGAAUGGAAGCGUCCGCGGCGAAGAAGGAGAGAUCGAGGGUGGGAAGCGCGCGAGAAAACGACGCGCGCGUCGACGCGUGA